GUUCACAGUGCUCAGUUCAUGGAGUUCUCGGAUUUGGAGAACCAGGAUGACUACGACUACUACAGCACAGAGGCUGGCUGCAUCCACACCCGGGACCAGCUCGGAGUCCAUGUCAUGUAUGACAAAGCGCUGAGUGAUCUGAAGCGACUGGAGGUGGAGCUGCUGCUGGUGGCCAGCCAUUACAUCGAAAAGGAAAGAGGUCACAGAGAGGGUGGCGAGUCACAUGCUGGCCAGGUCUGGGGAUGGGCCCACGCAGGUGUGGACAGAUUGGCUGUGCUGUGUGACAUGUGGACCUGGGAAGCAGCUCUUCUAGAAAGCAAAUGCCGGCUUCUUGACAGUUACUUUGAAGCCUACCAGCACACACUGGACCCAGAGGAGAGGUUUGCCUUAGCACAAGUGAUCACAGACAUCAUGCACCGACGCCCAAGGUUUGACCUGAGCCACUCAUAUUUCAUCAAGGCCUAUCAAGAUGACUGCACCUGCCUGAAGCUUCACCUGCAGCUGGUGCAGGGCAUCCUCAACCGGCAGAUGGAAUGUCAGCGGGAGUAUGUCCAGAGGCUCUGGCGAGAAGGCUUUACAGAUGACACCAAUACAUUUGGGCUUCCACUGAACAUAAUUUACAAGCAACCUAUUUCCAUCAACAACAGCUUCCCAGCUUCAAAAAACACUUACCUACUGGAGUUCCACCCUUCCCUGGGCCUCGUGUCGCUCAUCCCCAGAGCCCUCGAAUACCUCUUCCACGAGGCCCACCAUGCCCGCAGAAACACAUCCACAGUCGGCCUUGCCUUGCUGGAGAGACAGGUGCUUCAGCUGGCUCUGGAAGUGUGGCUCACCCCGGCCGUGCCCGAGUCCUGGUACAGCGCGCAGCUCCAGAAAGAUCUUUUUUCAUCUAAAAUAAUGGGAGACCCUUUCCUUGUCAUGGAGAUAGGCCUGCUGGCACUCAAGUCUGCAACAGACCAGGGGCAGAGCCAAGACCAAGACGCUCACGGUUUGCUUCUGGAGACAUUUUCCAAACUUCUGGAACUCUUAACGAUUCGUCACCGGCUGAUAGAUAUGAGUCUGGAGAGUGUACACUUAGCUCGCCUCUAUAAGGAGUUGGCACGGGAGAUGGGUUUUGGAGAGUGCCACUUGUACCUGAGGCCUGUUCACUUUGACUUUGCAUCACACAAGGACAAAGUAGACUGUUCACCUCCAGUUUUUCUAACUUCUCUGCUGGAGGACAGUAUUCAUGUGGACAGAUAUGUUCCUACCACUCUUGUCUUAGCCAUCUCUGAGUUGGAUGAUAACCAAAUUGGAAAUUUUAGUUUUUAUACAAAGGAAACUGUUCUUAAGCUCUUCUCCCAUUCAGGAAUGGAAAACAUGCAAGUGGUCCUUGCCUGCCAAGCUGCACAGAAAAAUGCUUUGAUGGUGGCUGUCCAGCAGGUGUCUUUUCAUCACACUCCUGGAGGGGACUCCCCUGCUGGGGACAAGGAAAUAAGUUUGGAUCCAACCAGAAGAAAAAAUUCCAGAACUGUGAAUGGCAAAAACAGCUUGCCUCUAGCCUCAACGACAGAAGUCCCAGAUACUCUUACUCAUCCUUCAGAGAGAUUCCAGGUGACCAAAAGGACUCCAGAGGCUUUUGUGUCUGUCCAGCUAGAGAAGGUGGGGCUGCGGGACGUGAUGCUGGAGGCCUUCCUCCUCAGGAAAAAGGCCACGGCUGACAGAAUGAAGAGCCUGGAAGAAAUUGGAAGAAUCAAGAGAGAAGUCACAAUCGAAUAUUGUCAGAAGCUUACCCGCCACAUGUCUCAUUAUGCUCUCCGGGGUCAGAUUGCGGUGUACUGCAAUAGCCUGCGAGCCCUGCUACAAGACUGCCCCGCCAUCAGGAAUACGUUUUUCAUGUUGGGGCAACCACAUGAAAGGAAGGGGCCGGGAGACUCCAAGGAAGGCCUCAAAGCAGACCCCAGGCGUUUCCAGCCCCGGCCCCGAUGUUUGCUGUCUGCUGACGGGAGAGUCUUCCUCAAUUUGUGGUUCAUACCCCAUCCUUCUGAAGUCUUGGUUAUGUUCAGAACUCUACCAGAAAAG